ACACCCUUUACCUAAAGGAUGGCCAAAGGGCUCUUGGUGACCUAUGCCCUUUGGGCUGUAGGAGGCCCUGCUGGGCUCCACCACCUGUACCUGGGGAGGGACACUCAUGCACUGCUCUGGAUGCUUACCCUGGGGGGUGGCGGGCUGGGCUGGCUCUGGGAAUUCUGGAAGCUCCCGAGCUUUGUAGCUCAGGCCAACAGACCCCAGAGGCAGAGGCAGAGCUCAGUAGGGAGGACACCCCCUCUCAGUUUCAUUCGCUUUGUUGCCCAGGUGAUAGUGGGCAUCUAUUUUGGCCUGGUGGCUCUCAUUAGCCUUUCUUUCAUGGCCAACUUCUAUAUUGUGGGCCUUCCACUGGCAGUUGGCUUAGGGGUCUUGCUUGUGGCUGCUGUUGGCAACCAGACCUCAGACUUUAAGAAUACGCUAGGGGCAGCAUUUCUUAUUUCCCCUAUCUUCUACGGCCGCCCCAUAGCCAUCCUUCCCAUCAGCUUGGCUGCCAGCAUCACAGCCCAGAAGCAUCGCCGCUAUAAGACUUCAGUUGGGUCAGAGACACUCAGUGUCCGGCUCUACCGUCUGGGCUUGGCUUACCUUGCUUUCACAGGCCCACUAGCCUACAGCACCUUCUGCAACACAGCAGCCACCCUUAGCUAUGUGGCAGAGACCCUUGGCUCCUUUUUGAGUUGGUUCAGCUUCUUCCCCCUCCUUGGCCGCAUCACAGAGUCUGUCUUCCUUCUGCCUUACCGGAUCUGGAGGCUGCUGGUGGGGGAUCCUGGUUUCAGCAACAACUCCUUCCGUGAGUGGGAGAAGCUCUAUGAGUUUGUUAACAGUUUUCAGGAUGAGAAGCGUCAGCUGGCUUACCAGGUUUUGAGUGUCUCAGAGGGGGCAACAAAUGAAGAAAUACAUCGAAGAUACCGGGAGCUAGUGAAGAUCUGGCACCCUGAUCACAACCGACACCAGACAGAGGAGGCUCAGAGGCACUUCCUGGAGAUCCAGGCUGCAUAUGAAGCCCUGAGUCAGCCCAGAAAGCCCAAGGGAUCCUGGAGGUGAGAAGAAAUUGCCCCUUGAGGGUGGACUCUUCCUGGCAGAGCUAAGCAGCUUGUCUCAACCCAGCUUUGCCCACACAGGUCAUCCCAACAGCAUUGAAGAACUGGUCUGUUUGCAGUGGAGAUGAGAAAACCUUAAAGGAGUGAGAAAGCUAUUGUAGUGGAAUAACGUUUCUAUUUUGAAUUUCUCAAUUGUCGGUUAUUGUAUUCCUGAUAAGUUCUUCCUAAAACUAGAUAGUGAAAUUAAAGGCAUGUUAUAAAACCAAUAAAAUAUCUUUUAGA